AUGCUGGAAAGCGCGCUUCCUGAGAGGGGGCUGUUGCACGCCACGUUGCGCUGCUUGCAGACAACGGUGAGCUGGCAAGAGAGAGGUCACGAAGCCACCCAGGAGGCAGCAACAGGAUAUCCCAGGGAAUCAGAAUUCAUUCAAACUCUUGCGGGAGUUGAAGAGCGGGCGGGGGAGGCAACGACUACGCCUUCUUCCGCAGCUGCUGCUUCCGCCAGCAGCGGCAGCGGCAUUUUAGCCUCUCUAUUCCCUCUGUCUCUACUCCCCUCGGGGGAGGGGAAUGUUGUCGAGACAAAUGCGGCACUCCUGCCCUCAGAAGCUGGACCGCUGAAUUCAGAGGCGGGAGCUCUCACCUCUGAAGGUCCGCCUUUCUCUUCGUCGGCUGGUGCUGCUGCUGCUGCUGCUGCCACGCUGGAAGCUCAGUCGCCCCUGCAGCUGCAGAGGGCAUCCGGAGUCUAUCACACUCUGCGCACAAAUCGCCAGGUUGGAUUUGCAAGGCUCAGAACCUUUGAUAAAAUCAAUGAGGCCUUGAAGCUAUCCGAGGCUGAAGAGAAGGAGCUUCUCGCCAUCGCGCAACAGCAACAGCUGCGUCUCCCUGGAAUGCAACGAGGCCGUUGGCUGCAGGCAUGGGUGGAACCCUCCGGAAGUCUCUCAGCCUCGCAGGUUUCGACGGCAGCAGCUGGGGGAAUACCCCUGUCUCUCCCUAGGGGUGCCUUGUAUUCUUUGAACAUAUCUCGGCAACUCCCUAGGACGCUUCCUUCUGCUGCCGCUGCUGCUGCUGCUGCCGUCCAGUCUGACCCCACAUCACAACCGAUACCCCUAACAACACUUGCAACAACAGCAGCAGGGACUGCAACAACAGCAGCAGAAACGGAGGUGGUCGAAGUCGUUCCUGAAGCACUUCCGCCUCUGAAAUUUGUGACCUCAGCGGCUGUACCAGCAGCAGCACAUUUGCCCGCGAGGCGCAUAACUAUUCCUACGGGUGCCUUUAGACCUCGGGAGGAGUUGCAGAGGGGCCGUGCUCGCGUAUGCCUGCGGUUUGCUGGAGCGGCUGCUGCGGGUUCUGCAUGCGCCAUGACUCCCGCUGCAGCUUUGAGGCAAGCCAGCCUAGAGCAGCAGGCGCAGCAGAAGCGAGUAGAGGCAGCUGCCGCGGCAGCCUCGACAGCUCCAGCCGAAGCCACAGCUGCAGAAGAUCAGGAGUCGCAGGAGCAGCAAAAGCGUCAACUGCUUAGCUUUUUGUGCACCCUCGAAGAACAAGUCCUGCGGUGGUGCAGUAAUACUGAUUUGCAACACUAUGCGCUCAGAUGCGAGCCGGAGAAGCUGCAGGCGGCUUCUGCUGCUGCCGGCAGAAACAGCGCAGCUGCCUCCGCCGCAGCAGCUGCAGCAGCUGCGGAUGGCCAUGUGCCCUUCUGGGAGUAUAUGCUGGAAGUGAAGCCUGCAGACAUGCCCUUGGAGGAAUUUGUUGUUUGGUGUCAGCGGCCGGUGGGCAUGCCUGUUGGCGAAUACAUAGAGUUGCUGCAGGUAGCGGGAGGUGUCCAGGAACCUCUUGAUGCUUGCGAUGAUGGUGAUGAUGGUGGUGAAAUGCCUGCGGCUGCUGUGCUGCUGCGUUACUGGGUGGGGUUGUCGGUUACUGCCAAGAGGCGACAGACGCCAUAG